ACGAGCCGGCGAGCAGCCUCACUCUCAGUCCAAAACCGCCGCCGCUCCCCUCUUCCACCGGAGACCCAUUUUCCGGCGCGGCUGCUGCUUCCCGCAACACCGCGCCCCCCGCCUCGCCGACCCACACCAGCGGCCUCGCUCGCGCUUGCCGCCUCGUCCAGUGCCGGAGGCUGUCAGCGCGCGAUGGACCCUGGUUCUUCCCCCGGUGCAUUCUGCCGUCCUAGCUUGCCGUCGCCCUAGCUCCUCCUAUGAACUGCCGCAGUUUCCGUUUUCCCACUCGUCCUGCGAAAGAGGAGGUAUCCAUGUCUUUGCUAACUGAUGACCUGGUUGUGGAGAUUUUGUCUCGGCUACCGCUGAAGUCCUUUUGCCGCUUCAAAUGCGUCUGCAAGUACUGGCUUACCUUGUCAUCUAAUCCACACUACUGCAAGAAGUUCCCAAGAACUCCCGUUGGUAUCUUGUACCAAAUACCUCAGUAUGGCACUGGCAUCCAUCUCGUUAGGCUUCCCUCAUGCGACAAAGAAAUUGACACAACGCUUAGCUUUGUGCCAUGUUAUGAGUACCUAGAGCUUAAGGGUUGCAGCAAUGGCCUACUUCUUUGUUAUCAUGGUGGUAUCACAACAUAUUUCGCAGACAUAUCCCAUGUUAUUGUGUGCAAUCCAGCAACUCAAGAGUGGAUGUCACUUCCAAAUACUGAACCUGGACCAGCAGACUCUGAUUAUGAUCUCAUGCUGUGUUUUGAUCCAUCAUGGUCUCAACACUUUUAUGUCUUCAGCUUCCAGUCUGGGUCUUCCAUGGAUGGUGAAGUCUACAAUGAAGUUAAGAUAUUUUUCUCUGAGGAUUUCACAUGGUCUAGUUGUCGCUGGAAAAGUGAGAUAGGAUUUUAUGGUAGUUCAUGCUUUGUGAAUGGGGUACUCUAUGUGGGGCAUAUAUGGGAGCAUGUCCUUCUGGCAAUCGAUGCACCCGGUCCAUCUACGCAGUGGCUCAGUCAGAGGAUCACUCAGCUGCCAGGAUUUCCAAAUGGGCCAGAGAUGUUUGAUUGUUGUGAUGGUUGUAUGUGCCAGUCAUCAGGGGUCUUAUGCUAUGCACAACAGGAAUUGGAUGGUUGUGUGAUGCGGAUUUGGAGUUUGGAAGGCACUGACAGGUGGGUGGUGAAGCAUCGUCUGAGUAUGAACAAUGUCUUUGGGAGGGACUUGUUGCUCCGCACUAAUCAUGAAGGAUUGUGGUACUUCGAUUACGACAUCCAGGCCUUUGACUUGGAGAGAGAGCUAGUUAUCCUUGUUGACAGAAUUGCUCAUAGGAUCAUCUCAUUUAGCAUGAGCACUGGAAAAGGCUCAGAGAUUCUGAAGAUUCGGAUGUUCUCUGAACUGUAUCGACGUGCAUUCUACGUGCCAUACUACUGCAAGUUUCCCGCUUUGGUGCUUCAAGGAGCUCAAGACAAAGUUUAGCCUGUGUAUGUUGUAUGCCACAAAUGCUCUAGUUUGUAAGCAUCUUUGUGCAUUAGCUGCACCAAACAGCUGUUAUGUGGAUGGUGCAGUACUCGCCUUUUGGGCCCGUCGAUCUGGUAUCGUACUUAUGCUUGCUUAAGUUGCAAAACUGAACAUGUGGAGUGGCAUGGACAAAUAUCAUGGGCACAUGUACAGGUGGAAUUACUUGUUCACUGCGUAUUCAUUCAGACAUGGAUCAUGCAGGAUUGUGAGGGCAUUUAGGGUGACAGGGUUGAACGACGAGUACCAGAUCACGUGGACAUCAGUUUUCCCGUGUUCAAAUCAAACAUGAACUGCUUGGGGUAUGCAUUUAUGAAAAAACAUAAAAUCUCCAUGUGUGGCAUUUGCAGGGGCUCAUCAGUUCAGCUGGCUGCUGGCCUGAGCAAACGAUGCAACUUUGUCAAGGUACGAACUGCGACACAGAGAUCUUUGCCAGUGAAUGAAUCAAUUAACUGUCGAAGUACAGCAAGAGAAAUGUCUUGAUAAACAGCAUUUCUGGCACGUUUCUUUGGGCGAAUCGUAGGGGGACUUGAUGGACAUGCCAUUCCCUGACGACCCCUUCGACGCGGCCUACGCGAUCGAGGCCGGCUGUUCAGAGUCCAAAACCUGUUCUCCGCAGAGUUACUUGCAUGCUCUAGCCUUUGUGUUCCGUUGUUUGAAGGUGAUCUGCGCCAGGGACGUGGCGUAGGACGCCGCGGUGCCAGCCCCUCGACCCAGACGCCGGGGCGUGGUGGACGAGCGCCAACUGUUCCGGCUCAGCCGUGGCCCGCGCCAUGGUGAAGGCCAUGGAGCGCCUCGGCCUUGCGCCGGAAGGGAGCGUCAGGGUCUCCGGUCUGAUGGAGACCGCCGGCAAGGGCCUCGUCAAGGGCGGUAGGUAAUUAAUUAAGCACGUCCAAGUUUAUUACGGAAUGAGUUCAAAAAACCAUAGAUGACGUGAUGCAUUAUUAUCUGUGUCAGAAGGGAUAGAGAAAAAUUGAUGGAAUAUAUUGCUUGAGCCUCG